GGCGAUCAUCAAUUCCAGGAGUUUCCCCUGUUUACCGGGUCUAUCCAGUUUCUCUUCGCCUCGGGGAUGCCGCCGCUUGUUGUUUCUAUCUUCUCCGCACUUGACUGACGGACUCGCGCUCAUUAGCCAGCUUGCAUCACACCACUGCCUGCCUCGCCCGCCCUACCACCGGAUCUCCGGAGACCAGCCGGCCUGCCAGCGUGCACAGUAUAUCUACGAUCCCUCCUGCCAGCGCAGCGCACCACCACCCAUCCUCAAUCCUAAACCAAUCCUCCGAUCGUCGUGCAAACCCCUUCCCCGAUUAUACAUCUGCAGGGAGACCGGACCGCCUCUGACCGCCACACCGAUGCUUCCGACGCCAGCUGAAUAACCCAAUACCUACCUACCUACCUACCUCCAUAGCUAUACAACCGGUUUUACAAGAAGCCACCAACCAGAUCUUUCACCCCCAUUAUGGCGUGGUACUCCCUCCUCCCCGCCGACCUUUCCUACAUCGAAACCUGGGUUGUGCGCAUAUUCAUCUUCCUCGGUUUCGUGUGUAUAUUUCCUUGGGCGACGCUUCUAAUCUUCGAUAUAUGUUUGUAUGUGUGGCGGAUGGUGACGUAUGAGUUUCCGGUCGUGGGGGGUCGAGCGCGCGGAAAGCAACGACCCCGGGCGCCGAGUUUGAAUGAGCGGCCGGAUGGUCAGCCUCGAGUGUUGGUGGGUUUGGGAGGUGGGAGUAGUGGGAGGGAAGAGAAGGAGUGGGAGGUGGAAGAGUUGAAGAGGAGGGUGGUUGUUGGGGUUGGGGUGGAUACAACUGGUGGUGAGUGAGUGGGUAGAAUGGUAUAUUUAGGCGGUGGAUGUUCUAUAUGGCUGGGUGAUAUUGUUUCCGGGUGUUGGUGUCUGGCCUCCUGGUGAGAGCUUAUCGACUUUAUGCUUUGAUGCUUGGGUGCAUGCUGCUGAGGCGUGAUUGUGAUUUUAGCAUAUUAAUACCCUGUAUAUAUACUCUCUGUGGGUGAUUUAACGGCUGAUAUUUGUUUGUUUGGUGAAGCGUUCUGCUGGAGAUACCUGCUGUCUACUUUACUGUUCCUUCGUUGCUGAUAAUCCCUGGUCACAGGGGUUGCUCAUUGUUCAUGAUAUGCCAGAGGUGGCUCGUAUUAUUAGUACAUUUUAUCUCCUGUGUAUAGCUGCUCUAGUAUAUGAGACUGAUGCCUCUCACGUUUAGCUAGCACCGUGUUAAUG